CACACACUCACAGCUUAGCAUCACAUCUGCAGUGGAGACGAUGGCUGACAGCUGAAACCCGCCUAGUGACCAGACACAGUUUACAGGUAUCAUGAUGGAGGUGGCAGGUCCCUGGACAGAAGUGUUUGAGGGCUCGGAGAGAAAGGAGAAGUCCGGAGUAGCGGAGACGCUGCUGGGGAGCUCCACCCUGACUCUGGCUCCUCUGGUCGCGGAUCCUCCUUCCGUCCGCCGCUCCCAGCCCAUCUUCAUCACCUCCCACAGGGUGAAAGCAGUGGAGUCGUUCUCUUCCUCUGUCCCGUCCAUCCCCAACCCCUUCCCAGAGCUGUGCAGCCCCUCCAAGUCUCCGGUGCUCAUUGGUUCAUUCCCACCACCGUCAAGUGAAAAACAUCUGAUAAAGGUGUACGGGGAGGACAGCUACAGCAGGUCGGUGUGGGUUUCUCGCAGAGCUACAGCCAGAGACGUGUGUCACAUGUUGGUGCAGACGGCUCACUGCAGCGACCAGGAGAACUGGGCUCUCCUCGAGCUCCACCCCACCCUCGGUCUGGAGAGAUGUCUGGAGGACCACGAGGUUGUGCUGGAGGUUCAGGCGACCUGGUCUCUCAAGGGUGACACAAGGCUCAUUUUCUGCAAAAACUACGCCAAGUACGAGUUCUUCAGGAAACCAGUGCUCUUCUUCCCAGAGAGCAUGAUCUCCGACAGCGCCGAUGUCAGCAAGGGGAUGACAUCAUCAGAGCUCAUUCAGAACCUGCUGAGGUCUGGGACGUGUCCAGAGAUCCAGGGCUUCCUGCAUGUAAAAGAACCCAGCCGUAAGGCCUGGAAGAAGGUCUACUUCUUCCUGCGGCGCUCCGGACUCUACUGCUCCACCAAGGGCUCAUCCAAGGAACCUCGGCACCUGCAGUAUGUGGCUGAUCUGGAGGACUUGAACGUGUACACUGUGGUGAACAGCCGUAAACUGUACGGAGCACCUGCAGACUUCACCUUCUGCAUCAAGCCUUCCAGAAACCCUGUCCGUGUUCAGGACCUGAAGAUCCUGUGUGCUGAGAACGAACAGACACGAACUUGUUGGACAUCAGCUUUCAGAUUGUUCAAGUAUGGGAAGCAGCUUCAGUGUAACUACCAGUUGUCGAAGAUGGCCCCACGCAGCCUGGAAGGAACCAAGCUCACAGAUGGCAAAUCAAAGUCGGAGGCCAGCCUGGUGGCCAUGGACUUCUCAGGGAAGGCCGGAGGACGGGUCAUCCAGAAUCCAACGGAGGCCCAGAACGCUGAGAGGGAGGAGGGACAAGCUUGGAGGAGGAGAGAAGCCCUGAGGUGCAGCCUGCCCAACCUCAACUCUGGCGCCCGACCUUCCUCCAUCCACAAGAUCCAGCCGUGGUUUCAUGGCGGCGUGUCCAGAAGGGAAGCACAGAGGCUGAUAGAGAAGCAGGGGCUGGUGGACGGGAUGUUCCUCAUCCGUGAGAGUCAGCAGCAUGGACAGUGCUUCGUCCUGUCUCUGUGUUACCAGCUGAAGACCAAACACUACCUGGUGAUCCCUUGUGAGGACGGAGGCAGGAAGUACUUCACCAUGGACGACGGACUCACUCUCUUCAUAGACCUCCUGCAGCUGGUGGAGUUCCACCAAAUCAACAAGGGCAUCCUCCCCGUCUGCCUCAAACACCCCUGCGUCUGUGUAGCACUGUAGACCCCAUACGACCCGCGUGACCUCAGCUCUUCAGUGUAACCUCUCCUCCUGGUCCUGGAUCAGUCAUCCAGACCUUCACUUCAAGUCUAAAGUGUGAGCCCCAGUCUAAAUCGUCAGAUUGUACUGAUAUCUAUUAAGCACAGCUGAUAAAGAGCAAUUACACGAGCAGUGCAAAGGUGUGCGUCUGAGUGAUAAUCUUAUCGGGGGGGGAGGUUGUAAGACUCAUGGGAGGUGCGACCCAGGCAUGAAGCACAACGCCCGCCCCUCCUCUCUUUAAUAUUUUUAAUUAUUUUCCACUUACACAUGCGGCUCCAGACUGUGGUUGGUUUUUAUUUUUAAUUAACGAGCUGCUGGUCCCCGUGGAGACAGCUUAAUGAGCGACAAUGGACACACAUUUUUUGGAGCUGUGGGGAUUUGAUUCAUAUCCACACAGCCCUGAUGAGAGGUUCAAGACGUGCGCGGUAAUGAGGGGCAGCAGGGGGAGAAUGUUUGGAGUAUUUGCUGCAGUUGGUGCUGAGUUCACUGACGGUUGUGGCCAUUAGAGGGCGCUCUGAGUCAAAGCUCAGAGGAGGAAUUUCAGCCGUGUAAUGUAGGAAAGGAACGUGUGUUUUGAUAUUAAUAUUGAAGAGAAUAGUGAUAUUAUAAUCAUGAAAAUGCCCCAGGUUGCAGUCAUGUAGCAUGUAAAUCCUCACUCCUCCGUUUUGUAUAUUAACUUCUUAUUGUGCCUUAAAAAUAAUCUCAUAUUUUAAUUAGAACAAACUUUAAGCACUACACUGUAUCUUAAGGACUCUUUCAAUGCUGUAUUUGCACAACGAUGGUGAAGGGAAACUGCAUUCAUUGUCUUGUGUGUUAAGAGCUGCGACGUUUGGAUCUUUAAACAACCAAGUAUCUGAUAUUAACAAGGUUAACUAUGAGGGUGUGUGAAAACUUUCUGGAGGUAUUGAGCAUGAAAAUUCAAAAAAUGUUAAGUCUUACAGAGCAAACACACUCUUGAAGAAAACCCUAAGCUCUGGACCAAGCUACUGUAGUUAGUGAACCUCAAGUUAAGACUCUUUGGCAAAGCUUUAUUUUACAGGUUUGUGAUUUCUGAAUAUUUUCCAAAUAAUUUCCUAUGAAGUUUUCUGGAAAAAACAUAAAUGUAAGUUCUAACAUUGCUGACACUGCUGUUGUAACUUUUGAGUCUUUUAGUCGGAGAACAGAAUGUGAAAUUUGUCUACAGACACACAUACAAUAUGCUGAAUUGUAAUGAAAUUUUAUUUAAUAUUAUAGAAUAAAAUCUUCCAUCAUAAUAAUAAUAAUAAUGAAUUCAUAUUUACUUGUGUUUACAUUGAGCAGUUCUUUAAAGAGAAUUCCUAAGUCAGAAAGUUAUUUCCUGGUAACUUAGAAAAAUUCCACACCUGUAAAAUAAAGUGUUUCUGAUCUUUUUGUUAUUGGUGGGUGUGUAAAUGUGUUUUUUUAUCUUAAACAUUUUGCACUUAUUUUCCUUUUAUCAUGAAGAUCCAUUGCAUAUAUAUAUAUACUUUCAUUAUUCGUUCAGUCCAAAAGGCCAGUUUACUUCUCCCACGUUAUAUUUUGUUUUUAUCAAUUUGGGUUUGUUAGUUUUAUGUAUUAUGAAUGUUUUGUGCCUGUGUCAGACCUGU